AUGGACAGGAAGACCAUCAAGCUUCAAAUCUGGGAUACGGCAGGCCAAGAACGCUUCCGGACAAUCACCAGCGCGUACUACCGCGGCGCCGACGGCAUCAUCUUGGUCUACGACAUUUGCGACCGCGAGUCGUUCGCGCACGUCGACGAUUGGCUGAAUGAAGUGAACAGGUACGUAAACGAGAGCACGUGCAAGAUCCUCAUUGGCAACAAGUGCGAUAUGACUGAUGACCGCCAGGUCACUACCGAUGAGGCCAAGAAGAAGGCCGAGGACACCGACCUGGGCAUCGCAUUCAUCGAGACGUCCGCCAAGGACGCGACCAACGUGGAGGGCGCCUUCCAGAUGAUGUCCGCGGAGCUCAUCGCCAAGAGGGAGCAGCAGGGGGCGCGCGCGGGCCAGAGGCCGGGGCCCGGCGGCGUGGGGCUGCUGACCCCGAAGGACCUGGACCCGGCGGGCGCCGCCAAAGGGCCGUGCGGCGGCUGCGGGGCUGGCGGGGGCCAGGCCGCUGCCGCGCGGUGA